GGAGAUUGCACACUACAAUGGUCACUGCAAACUGCAACGCUGCAUGCCGAGACGCUUAUCGAGCGUGGAGAUGGAGAUCCCCGAUCUCGACCAUACGGCGGUUCACCGAUCUCGGCAAUCCGCGAAGCACUCGGGCAUUGUCAGAUGGGAAUAUGAGGAUAACAUCAUAUCGCAGAAAUCCACCACAGCCUUAAAAGCGCUGAAGAAAGCAACAUUACAAACAGGAAGGAAGGAUAUAAAAGCCCAUCAAGCUAGAGAAAGCUGAAUCUGAACACAAUCAGUUACACCAAAAUGCGAGCCAUCAUCACUCCGAGAACACGCUUGCCAACCUGAGCCAGGCUAGGAAGAACUUCUUAGUGCUUAUCUUCUCCAUAGCAACGUUUGUCGACAUCUGCAAUGUUUCUGGAGUGGCCGUAGCGGUUGCCCAAAUUUCAACUGACAUCAAACUCGACUACUCUCAAAUCGUUUGGAUCGUCACAUCUUAUUCCCUGUGUUUUGCUGCUCUUUUGCUCUUUGCCGGGCGACUGGCAGAUUUGUUCCCAGCCCAAAUAGUGUUCGAGGGAGGUUUUAUUAUGCUAGGAAUAUUGAGUUUAGUCACCUCUUUUGUGACUUCUAAUAAGUAUGGGUUUUUGAUUUUACGUGGCCUUGGAGGUAUUGCCGGUGCCAUGACAAUCCCUUCAGGCUAUCACCUCACGGUCCAUCUCUUCCCUGAACCUGCUGAGCAACAAGCCAAAUUAGCCCUUUUAGGAUUAGCAGGUGCUAUUGGAAAUGUACUCGGAUUGGUUCUAGCAGGUGUGUGUAUGUUAGCUAGUUACAAAUGGUUCUUUAGGGUCAUUGCCAUCAUCUGUAUUGUCUUCACUAUCAUUUGCGUCUUGGUUUUGCCUUUCACAGGGUCAACGUACAGCCCUGACCCUAAUAUGCCUCGUUGGAAGAGGCUUGACUUUAUGGGUGUCGGACUUAUGAUGACCUCUCUUAUCUGCUUUAUUCUUGCCUUGACUCAAGGCCCAAUUGAUGGCUGGGGUUCCGCCUCAUUCAUUGCUCCAUUCAUCCUGAGUUUCCCUCUUGCAAUCGGCUUCUUUUUCUGGGAAUCUAAGAUUCCAGCCAAGAGCGCCGUAUUACCCAGUUCAGUCUGGAAGAUCACCAAUAUUGUGAUCUCCAGCUUGGCGAUAGGUAUCCCUUUUCCGUUCUGGGCGACUUCUCAGCUUCUGUACUCUACUUACUUCCAAGAAGUAUUUGGCUGGACCCCAAUCAAAGUCGCGGCGGCAAUGGUACCCCAGGGAGUUACUGCAUUGAUAAUUGGCGCUUCAGCGCAGGUCAUCCCCCAAAUCAUCACAAAGCCGCGAAUCACGCUUCCCAUCGGUGGAGCUCUGGUGAUUAUCGCCGAGAUUCUGCAAGUGUUCUCUAACGGAGGACAUGGUACAGAUUACUGGAGGUAUUGUUUCCCUGCAUUUGUGCUCGGCAGCGCAGGAGCGGUUAUGACUUUCUUUGCCUCAGCUAUCAAUCUCAUCUCCUACUGUCCUCCAGAAAUGGCUGGUGUUGCAGGUGCUUGGACCCAAGUGAUCUCUCAAAUCGCGGGUGCUAUUACACUCGCAGUUCAGGCUUCUUUCGAAGGCGACGGUGUUGCUGACUGGAACAAGGCUGGCCGCCGAUCCUUCUAUUUCCAAAUUGCUUGGACAGCUAUAUUGUUACUCCAGUUUUUAAUUUUCUACAAGACGCCAGGAACUCCCGACGAAGAACACGAGGCCGCUAGGAAGAGAAUCAAGGAGAGUGGGAAGGAUGCUGGUGUGUGAUUGUGAACAAUGCUUUAGAGUUGAGUCAAGCAAAACUGGGAGAAGCACCUCUCUGUACAGCACAUUGUCGAUAUUAAGUAUAACUGUGUAUAGAUAAGAAACAAAUUGAAUAGUCAACAGUAAAGUGAAUAUUUAUAUAUAGAUGCAGAAGGAUACCGACCACGAAUUUACUGUAUAAUAUAAUAUAAUAUAAUCAUAGACAUACUUUACAACCUUACACAGCUUAUGAAC